UAUCCAUGUCUUGGACUUGGACUAUGGGAAAAACAGGUUCAGAAUUAUCAUCUGCCACCAGAGCAGGUAUAUGCCAGACGGUCUUUGGCAUAACCACACUCUGAGAGUCCAUCUAUAAAACUGCAAGCAACAUGUGCUAUGGGAGGUGUGCUAAAUCCAUUGGGUACACGCUUCUCGUUCUUUCCGUGCUCUGCAUUGUGGCAAACGUUCUGCUCUAUUUUCCCAAUGGUGAAUCAAGAUAUGCUUCACACUACCCUCUCGGCAAUUAUGUGGGCUGUCUUCAUGGCAUUAUAGGAGGAGGUCUUUUGGUGUUGAUUUCAGCAUGUGUGUUUAUUGGAUUGGAACAUGACCAUUUCCAUGGAUGCUGUCCUCAGGAAAACUGUAGGAGAAGCUGUGCGAUGCUGGCAAUAGUCAUUUUAGGCUGUGUUGGGAUUCUCGGUGCUGGAUACUGCUUCAUCAUUUCCGCGUUGGCCUUAGCCCGGGGACCUUGCUGCUAUUGUGAAGAUGAUCGAGCCUGGUGCUAUCCUUUCUUUGAUCCUGCUGGAGGGCAUGUGCUGCAAAACCCCAACUGUGGAGAACCAAGGAGUACAGUGACAUGGAAUGUGACCCUCUUCUCUAUCUUGCUGGUCCUGAGUGCAGUUGAAUUAAUUCUCUGUAUCGUCCAAGUAGUAUAUGGCUGUCUUGGAGGAGCCUGUGCUUCGUGUCAUGGUCACAAAGAGGACUGCCCUUGCUAGAGUCCUGAGACUUGAAAGUGGGUUGAGAUCAUCUCAUGCUUCACUAUAAUUAUGCCUGUAUUUUUAGCUGACUUCUCAAACUCAUAUACUGAUGACUUGUUUUUAUAUGGCAUACACUGUUAAUUAUUGUUAAGAGAGUAUUUGGUUGUCCUGACUAGCAUUGUUUUCAAAAAUUUAGUAGCUAACAGGGCAUUUUUAACAGACAUCUCGAGUAGGUUUUCCUUUAAUUCCCAUACAUACAGGAACUCAACUAUAUUGUUAGAAACAAUAUUAGUUUCUUGUGGUUGCAAGAAACAGAUAAGCUAGGCUGCAAUCCUUUUCUCAUUUACUUAGGAAGAAGCCCUAUUGAACUUAUUGGAACAUACUUCUUAGUAUGUGUGUAUAGGAUUGCAUAUGACUGCAUAACAUAGAUUUCCAUAGCAGAAUAGGUGGUUUUCAUUCUGUAUUUUCAAACUAAUUUUCCCCCA